UUACAAACUGGCAAAUAACAUAAUCGGCGUACACCGGUAUUCAUCCAUGUAAGCUGAGUAACAAAUUAGGACUUUUAUUUCCCAUAUAGACUCGAACAAUUUGUAUUUCAUAUUCUUGAAUUACUUACAUGAACACAGAGUUUGGGUUGUCUUAGAGACUAGAGUCCCUAUUUCAAAAGCCGUGAUUAAGGGGAAUUCAACAUGAACAAAGUCGGGUUUUCCGGUGUGAAUAACAAGCGUACCCAUUGUGAAUUUUAGCGGCUAUCUUUCCUUAGCUUGUAUUGACUGCAGCUUGCUACCGUUAGAUGUGUGACGAGAUUUAAAUACAGAGUUCCCUGAAUUUAAUAAUUAAGAAACUAUUAAGAGUGAAGAAAUGAACAGCAGGCUUCAAGAGAUACGCGAGAGACAAAAGCUGAGGCGGCAGCUGUUAGCUCAGCAGUUGGGAGCUGAGAGCGCAGACAGUAUUGGAGCUGUUCUGCACAGUAAAGAUGAGCUCAAAGAGAUAGAAGAGACAAGAGAAACAUGCAGAGCGUCAUACGACAGCUCAGCCCCUCCUUCCAAAAGGAAGCCGCAGACAGAUGGAGAGGACACCGAGGAAGAUUUAGAAGAGCAGAAAGUUGAAGUGGAAGUGCAGCAGGAAGAGGAGAGCAACCCGUACGAGGAAGUGUACAAAGAUUCCAGUACUUUCCUGAAGGGUACCCAAAGUUUGAACCCCCACAAUGACUACUGCCAGCACUUUGUGGAUACUGGGCACAGGCCCCAAAACUUCAUCAGGGACGUGGGCUUGGCUGACCGAUUUGAAGAAUACCCGAAACUGCGAGAGUUAAUUAGACUCAAAGAUGAACUCAUCGCCAGCACCAACAUUCCUCCUAUGUAUCUCCAGGCGGAUGUGGAGCACUUUGACCUGCGGGAAUUAAAAAGCCAGUUUGAUGUGAUUCUAAUUGAGCCUCCCUUGGAGGAAUAUUACAGAGAGUCGGGCAUCAGUCACACAGAACGCUUCUGGACCUGGGAUGAUAUCAUGAGACUGGAGAUUGAGGAGAUAUCGGCUUUACGCUCCUUCGUCUUUCUCUGGUGUGGCUCUGGAGAAGGUCUGGACCUGGGCAGAAUGUGCCUGAGAAAGUGGGGUUUCAGGAGGUGUGAGGAUAUUUGCUGGAUCAAAACCAACAAGAAUAACCCAGGGAAAACCAAGGCCCUGGACCCAAAAGCAGUUUUUCAGAGAACUAAGGAGCACUGCUUGAUGGGAAUCAAGGGAACUGUGCGUAGGAGUACUGACGGUGACUUCAUUCAUGCUAACGUGGACAUCGACUUGAUUAUAACCGAGGAGCCUGAAAUGGGAAAUGUAGAGAAACCGGUGGAGAUCUUCCACAUCAUUGAACAUUUCUGUUUGGGUCGCAGGAGGCUGCACCUGUUUGGAAGAGACUCAACCAUCAGACCAGGCUGGUUGACUGUUGGUCCCACAUUAACAAACACCAACUUUAACCCAGAGACCUACGCCGCACACUUCCCUAUGCUCGACUCCCAUUUAUCCGGCUGCACAGAAGAAAUUGAAAGGCUGCGGCCCAAAUCACCUGUGAAACUCAAGUCAGAGCGAGGAGGUGGAGUACCCAGAGGAGGACGUGGUGGGCAAAAUGCUGGGAGAGGUGGAGACAGAGGGAGAGAAAGGAAUCGGCCAAAUUUCCGCGGAGACCGAGGAGGAUUUAGGGGAAGGGGAGGGCCUCAUCGGGGGUUUCCACCUCGCUAAAUUGACAAAUAACUGUUGAUAAUCUUUUUUUUACACAAUUGUGUUCAAAAAGAAACUAGAAAGUUUUACUGGUAUGAAUCUUUUUAAAACUGUUCAGUUAGAAUAUUUGUUUAUAGAGAUGCUGUAGAUUUAAUUACUGUCAAAAAUAAACUUUCUUUUCACAAUA